AUGAGGAAGAUGCUCGCUGCCGCCGUGUCCCGCGUGUUGUCGGGUGUCCCCCAGAAGCCCACUAGCAGAGUGCUGGUGGCAUCCUGUAACUAUUCAAAAGAUGUUACAUUUGAAAUUAAGAAAUGUGAUCUUUAUCGGUUGGAAGAAGGUCCCCCUGUCGCAACAGUGCUCACCCGGGAGGAUGGGCUCAAAUACUAUAAGGCGAUGCAGACUAUUCGCCGAAUGGAAUUGAAGGCAGAUCAGUUGUAUAAACAGAAAUUUAUUCGUGGUUUCUGUCACUUGUGUGAUGGUCAGGAAGCUUGUUGCGUGGGCCUUGAGGCUGGGAUAAAUCCCACCGAUCAUGUCAUCACAUCCUAUCGGGCUCAUGGCUUCUGCUAUACUCGUGGACUCUCUGUCCGGUCAAUUCUUGCAGAGCUUACAGGAAGAAGAGGAGGUUGUGCUAAAGGAAAAGGUGGAUCGAUGCAUAUGUAUUCCAAGAAUUUCUACGGGGGCAACGGCAUUGUGGGAGCUCAGGCACCCCUGGGAGCUGGUAUUGCUCUGGCCUGUAAAUACAAGGGAAACGAUGAGAUCGCUUUGACUGUCUAUGGGGAUGGCGCUGCUAAUCAGGGUCAGAUAUUUGAAGCUUACAAUAUGGCAGCUUUGUGGAAAUUACCUUGUAUUUUCAUCUGUGAGAAUAACCUCUAUGCAAUGGGAACAGCCAUUGGGAGAGCAGCAGCCAGCACUGAUUACUACAAGAGAGGCAAUUUUAUCCCUGGACUAAGGGUAGAUGGAAUGGAUAUUCUGUGUGUUCGAGAGGCAACAAAGUUUGCAGCUGACUAUUGCAGAUCUGGAAAAGGGCCCAUAGUGAUGGAGAUGCAGACUUACCGUUAUCACGGACACAGCAUGAGUGAUCCUGGAGUCAGUUAUCGUACUCGAGAAGAAAUUCAUAGUGUGAGAAGUAAGAGUGAUCCUGUUAUGCUUCUCAAAGAUAGAAUGGUAAACAACAAGCUUGCCAGUAUUGAAGAAUUAAAGGAAAUUGAUGUUGAAGUGAGAAAAGAAAUUGAUGAUGCGGCCCAGUUUGCUACAACAGAUCCUGAACCACCUCUGGAAGAAAUAGGCCAUCACAUCUACAGUAGUGGUCCACCUUUUGAAGUCCGUGGUGCAAACCCGUGGAUCAAGUUUAAGUCCAUAAGUUAAAGGGAGACUCUAUGUAAAUUAAUUUUUAUUCCCUCAAAGGAAUAUUUAU